CUUUUAUUUUACUUUCCAGGAAACAAUAAAACUAUUUAAGCAAGUGUAUAUAUAUAAAUAAAUAUAAAUAUUCAAAAUGGCUACAUAUCAUGGAUUGAAUCAAGCUGUUUUGGACAAAUAUUUGGAGCUUGACACCCGGGGCAUGAUCCAAUUAAAUUACAUAUGGAUUGAUGGCUCUGGUGAAACAAUGCGAUCAAAAACAAGAACGAUAGAUUGGGAUCCACAAACCAUAGAGCAAUUGCCAAUAUGGAAUUUUGAUGGUUCUUCCACUGGUCAAGCAACUGGAAACAACAGUGAUGUUUAUCUUCAUCCAGUCGCCAUGUAUCCUGAUCCUUUUCGUAGAGGAAAAAACAAACUGGUCCUUUGUGAAACAUACACUUAUGAUCAUAAACCAACAAUAUCGAAUAAACGCAAAUCUUGUAAAAUGGCAAUGGAUAAAGCAAAAAGUUUUUAUCCCUGGUUUGGGCUUGAACAAGAAUACACAUUACUUGACAAAGAUAAACACCCCCUAGGGUGGCCUAAACAUGGUUACCCUGGUCCGCAAGGCCCUUAUUAUUGUGCAAUUGGAACUGGUAGGGUGUUUGGGCGUGAAGUUAUGGAAGCUCAUUACAGAGCUUGUUUGUAUGCAGGUAUAAAAAUAGCAGGAGAAAAUGCAGAGGUUAUGCCUGCACAGUGGGAGUUUCAAGUUGGCCCAUGUGAAGGAAUUGACAUGGGUGACCAUCUCUGGGUUGCACGUUACCUGUUGGAAAGAGUUGCGGAAGAUUUUGGAAUUCGAAUAUCUCUUGACCCAAAACCAAUACCUGGUGAUUGGAAUGGUGCUGGUUGCCAUGCUAACUUCAGUACUGCUGAAAUGAGAGAGGAAGGUGGCAUCAAGUUGAUCUAUCAAGCCAUCGAAAAGUUGUCAAAGCGUCAUGCUUAUCACAUUAGGAUGUACGAUCCGAAACAAGGUCGCGAUAACGAACGUCGUUUAACUGGUCGUCACGAAACGUCAACAAUACACGAAUUUUCGCACGGCGUUGCACAUCGGGGAUGUAGUAUUCGUGUGCCGCGCCAAUGCGCAGAGGAUGGAUAUGGGUAUAUGGAGGAUCGCAGACCUUCAUCGAAUUGCGAUCCGUACAGCGUUACCGAGGCGCUCGUACGGACUAUAAUUUUGGACGAAGUUGACGAAGAAGAAACAAAGGAAUAGAAAGCAGAACAAAUUUGAACAAAAACGACAUUUUGUUUUCAUGACAAUAAGUAAGAUCUUUUUUGGUCAUUUUUAAAUGUGUAAAUUACAAAUACCUAACGGAUUAUAUAUUCUGUGUGUAUUUA